CUUUUGGAGGUUCUUUUGAGGAUUUUUUAGUGUUUCUUGAUACUUCUGAAAUUUUUUUAGCAAAUUUUGGAUUCUUUUUCAAAGUUCUUUCUGAAUUCUUGGUGUUUCUUUCUGGAUUCUUGGGUACUUCCAGUGAUUUUUGGCAGCUCUUGGAGAUGCUUGACAUUUUUGACAUUUUUUUGACAGCUUUUGGAGGACUUUUUGUGUUUCAUUCUGGAUUUUUGAGAUUUCCA